CUCAGCAGAAGUAUACUUUUACAACAAGAAACAGGCGUCCUGACGUCCUUGCUAAACAUUUGUAAACGUCAAAUGCUACGUACCACCGCGUAACUCGCUUUAAAACAUUUAAAACGGUGCGUCCUCGUGUAACCAUUCGAUCAGUGACGUCAUUGAUGUUACCCUGGCAAUGGCGACGGAAGCAACUUGGGACGGCAACUCGGUGGAAAAGACUCAAUAGAUAGCGCGUUGCCAAUUCGACGUGAACACGCGUUACAGGUGCCAACCAUGGCCGAUAAUUGUGUUCAAGUUCACCCGCCCUUCGUGGAAUUCAAAGACGUGCAGGUGGGCAAAGUUUACAAGACCACCGUCAUGGCCACUAAUGCUGGCAAAGCAAUGAGGGAAAUAUGGUUUGAAAGGCCCAAGCGAAAGAUAUUUAAAUUCUCAGCACCCAGAUCUGCUAAAAACGUAGCUCCAGGUUUGUCUGUGAGUGGCGUGCUGGAGUUCACCCCGCAGGAAGAAGAGGAGAUCAGAGACUGUAUUAACAUUCACAUAGACGUGACACAAACCAUCGAAGUGCCUCUUCGUGUUUAUCCAAGGGGUUGCGCUCUAUCCAUGGAUUUGAAAUUAGACUUUGGCUUCGUUUCUGCCAGCGGCCAGAUGAAUAGCAGACGUCUUCCUAUUACCAAUAAAGGCUCAUCAUCAGGUGUAUUCCAUGUGAUGCACAGUGGAGAUUCUUCCAUCCGACUAUCACCCUGCACUGGAGUCGUAGCGGCUGGUGCUAAAAAGUGGCUGAAAGUUGAAUUACUUGCUGACAGACCCAAACACGUUGAUGAGAAGUUAAUGGUCAAACUUCAAGGCUGCUCUCCUGUGGCUCUCAAUAUUAAGGCUCAGGUGGUUGACCAGCAUCUUGAGAUCUUGGACACACAGGGAGUAUCUCUGUCCUGCCUGUGGUUCGGACCCGCCUACUUUGGGACAUCUUGUGUGGAGCAUGUGGUCUUAAACAACAACGGGCCAGAUGCAUGUGACUGGGUUUGCUUGCUAAAGGAGUCUGCUGCUGGGACCGAAAACGGUGGAAAUCUUGACAAGAGCACAGAUGCCGCCCUGCUAUCCAAAAUUGAAAAUUGCAGUCCAGUCACCCCAAUCUUAUCUUCGGUAUUGGAGUGUAUUCCAAACCAAGGCCACCUGGGACCAUAUAAGAAAACUACUGUGGCAGUCCGCUUCAGUCCCAUUGCUCAUAGAUUACGUCAGAAGAAGAGUGAUCGCCUAGCAUCCCGGCAGGACUAUUGUCUUUUUCUGCACUUUGACUCAGUUAGGAGUAAACAUGGCUUCACUCACCCAAAUGGUAGCAGCAUUGUUGAGCUAGCAGUGACAGGCUCCGGGCUGCCUGUUGCUCUGCGUCCAAAUCCAUCAGAGAGUUUUGACUUCUCCACCUGCAAUGUGGGCCAUCGUGCAGAACGCCUUUGUGUGCUGCAGAACCUCUGCCCACACCUUUCUGUCAACUUUCGAUUCCGCAGGUUAGCGCAUUUCAGCAGCGAACCCUCCUUCGGCACCAUCGCCCCUGGACAGUGUCAGGAUGUAGUUUUGUAUUUCAACGCACGGCAGCAGGGAAAGUUCCAAAUGUGCCAGAAACUUGAUGUUUUGGGGUAUGUUGUUGGCCGAAGAGGUAACACCAGUGAGGAUGACGCUAAACUCAAGUUUGGCAGCUUCUACACCAUUAAUCUACAUUUAUCAGCGAUCGGCAAAAUUGCGUUGAUGCCACCUGUGCCUAAAUUAAAUCCCGGUAUUACACCACAAGUGACCAAUCCGAGCGGAUCCCGUCCUCGCGUUCCAUCUUCUGAGUUGCCCCGCUGCUAUGGGAUGGUGCGUGCUGCAGUGCUCAACGCCUGCAAGACCAAUUUCCACAUGCAUCACAGAAAGGGUCCAAAACCAGAUGGUGAAGUUUAUGUGGCUCUGCCGAAUGACCGAUCCAGCAGUGUCCGACCAUCCUCACCACACACGCAAUACAGGACCAUCUUCACUGGAGUACACCGGUAUAGCUUUGUGGAUCCUGACUACAGCUUUACUUGGCAGGAGACGGAGCAAAGACAGAAACAUAAACAGACUUACGCCGAAUUCGUCAGGCAACUCAGACAAACACGACUGCAAAAGAUUAAGACCAAACAGGAAGCCCAAAUGGAGAACUAUGGGAUUAUAGCUUCUCAAGGCCUUGUACCUCCCAAGAUCCUCAUCAGUGACUUGAAUGGGAAACAAAAGUCCAAGAGCAAGCCUAAGCUUGCUUCCUUUGGCCGGUCCCAGGGCAUGACUGUCAGCAGAGGGCAGGUGUCAGACCAGUUGCAUGCAGUUCCAGCUACCAGCCAGGAGGUGGCAGACUGUGACAGGACUUUGACAGCUCAGCAGCUUUAUCAAGUUGUCAUUGCUCCAUUAUUCGUGGACUUUGGUGAGGUGUGUGUGGAGUCGGUGUGUGUGCAGAACCUGGAGCUGACCAAUCACCUGUCAGUGUUUGUGAGGGUCCAGUUAGAGGUGGACUGCCCUGAGCUGCAAGGAUUGUCCCCAUUGUCUCACGUGCUACCACCAGGAUCCCAGAACCAAAUACCUCUGACCUUUCAAAGUCACCGGCUGGGUGAUUUCUGCAGACCUGUGUCUUAUAAAGUGAAUCAGCAACAUCCUGGACAGAUUCUGGUCAAGGCCGUAGUUGUCCGAAAUUAUUUGGAACUGUCCACCCAAUUGCUGAUUCUCAGUCCCACUCGCAACCUGCUGGCAUCAUCAGGCUACAGGAGUUGGAUUACCCUUCGAAACCCACGGAACCAGGUGGCUGAAUUUACUUGGUGCCCGGUUGUUCCUGAAAGCGGCAUCCUCUUCUCCAUUCGACCAGCCACAGGUACAGUGGAGGCAUACAGGGAACUAGAAUGCGAGGUGGUGUGGCACGCCUCUUACUCGUCCCCUCAGGAAGGAGACUUUGAUCUCUAUGUCCUGGAUGGAAACGUUCAACGCCUUCACUGCAUUGCUAAGGUUGGAAGCACAAGCAUUGAGCUAGCAGAGGAUCGCCUGAUGUUUGAAUCGGUUCCCCUCAAUAUGCCUUCUAUCCGAACUGCCGUGUUACACAAUAAUGGACAAAACCAUGCAUACUAUCGAGUUCUUGAUGUGUGUCCUUUGCCGUGCAUGGUAGUGAGCCCAUACGAGGGUGUGUUGCCGAGUCGGGGAAAGGCUGUCCUGAAGAUCCACUUCAACCCCGACUCUGUCAUGAAGUUCGACACGCGCGUCGAGGUAGCUGUGAGAAACAUGAGGUCCAUUGAGUUCCGUGUGGGUGGAUCGGUGGAGCCUCCGGAUGUUGAAAUCAGCGUGACAAUGUUCCAGUUCCACGGCGUCCAUCUUGGCUGUCAGAGAGCAGUGCCGUUUAAGCUGACUAACCACUCGUCAGCUCCGGCUCGGAUAGCCUUCGACCUGUCGCAAUACCCAAAUUUCACCCUGAAGCUUCCCCAGUGCUCUGCAAGUAAUGAUCAGGUUGUGAGUGUUGUGGAGAUAGAGGCUUACCAGACAGUCAGCUGUUCUCUUGUCUUCUCCCCUACGGAGAUAGCUGAAUAUGACUUUGCCCUACCGCUGAUGGUUAGUGGAAUAACAUGGUCCGUUGCUUCUCCACCGCCUUCAACCUCGUCCGUCUCAACCUUUUUGUCAUCGGGAUCCAGCAAAUCCAUUGUCAAAGUGCUGCCCUGGUCUGUCGGCAUGAAAAAACAACAACCACGCAUACAAGCCACAGUGCUGCUUGCUCCACUGGAAGUGUCCCCUUCAAGUCUACAGUUUCUCAUUGAUGAUGAUGCGCAACAGUCUAACUCUUGCACUCAGACAGUAAAGCUGCAAGCAGAGUGCGAACAGAGCGUCAGUUGGCACAACAUCCAAGGGAAGAGUUUGUGCUGGCGAUUGGACUGCAGUGAAACAACAUCACCGGAGGACGGAGGAGAAAAGGACCAGCCUCGUUUGUUUGUGUUUCCAUCAUCGGGUUGUCUGACGCCUGGCCAGUUAAUCUGCUCGGCAGUCAGCAUCAUGCCCCAGGCUAUCGCCACACGCACAGUGACCGAACUUUCGCUCAGUCUUUACCUGGGAGACACAGACAGCAAGAUGGGGGAACCUUACAAAGAGCUGCCAGUCACUAUUAUCCACCAGCUGCCCAAUAUCAUUAUCACCCCCCCACAACUGCUCCUGACACCAGUUCCCCUGGAAAGCAGCAUUACAGCAAGACUCACCCUACUGGUCUCAGGAUAUACCAGUGGAACCCAGUUAUCAGCUGAGGUGGACGAGGUGGAACUAGAGCAUGGAACCAAGGUCCAACCAAUCUGUGUCACCUUCCCAGAGGGCAACAACAUCCCUGCCCAGGACAAGGCAGGCACUGUGACGUCGCUGAUCUGCAGAGUGUCUUUUUUUUCCACAGUCUCUCUCUCCAUUUGCACAAGCAUCACCUUCACUGACCACCUCAAUAACAGGUUUCGGAUGAAGCUGUAUGCUACAAGCGACAACUGCCUGUUGACUGUUUGGCCCCAAAUGGCUCUCCAUCGCUCCACGCAACAGAUAGUUCUUAAGGCCGGCGCAACGAUUAUUGAAGCCAUCUCAAAUCACACACCGAGUUCUGCAUCUGGUCCGACUUCCUCCUCCUCACCGUUUGAACCCAGCACCUCGACACCGAAGAACUCAUCAUCAGACUUCUUCACACAAAGUGACAGCGGGAGUCUAAUCAGCAGCCAAAGUUGUCCAAACGCAGACACCCCACUGACUGAUGUCGGACUCCCACAAUUCCCUGCUUCAACCUCAGCGGAGGGUCAAUAUUUCCAGGAUGUCUUAUUAGCAUUGGAGAGGUGGUUUAGCCUCUUUGGCUGGCCAAGUGGGCCGUAUCCCAUCACAAUACCACACACACUUAGAAGAACUGUGUUCAAAUUUGAACUUGGUACCACAAUUGGACGGACUCACCGCGUCACCCUGAAUAAAGACACCAGGGCUGCAGUGGAGAUGAUGAAUCAUCUGGCUGGCAGGCAGAUUCCUAAUGUUCCUCACUGUCAGACCUUUUCCAUGGACAUAAAGCAACGUAUCCAUCAGCUGCUCCUGCAACAUGAGGUCAUUCUCGCUUUUCUCAGAUCACAGGGAGCCUGUUUAGGUCACAUCCGACCUGAGUACCUACUUGAUGUGCAGGAGUUCAAGCUAUGGUGCUCCUUAAAGGCUAAUGAGGAAGAACUUGGUGUGCCUUAUAACAGUGCUCAAUUUGAGUCUCUGAGCAAACGAUCUUGGACUGAUAUGCUGCUGCAAAUAUACAAGGUUUUGGUGCUGUCUCGUGUAUCACAGUGCAGUCCAAACGUAGAUUGGCAAAAAUGUUGUAAAGAUGAAGACGGUAUUCUCAACAUCCACUCACUCCCCAGUAACCUGUACUCUCACCAUGAGCUCCAGCUGCUAUCGUGGCUGAAUUUACACUAUCAGUGCAUGAGGGACAAAGUGUGGGGUUCAGGUACUAUUCCACCAGUACGCUGGAUUGUCAAUUUUGACUUGGACUUGACUGAUGGACUGGUGCUUGGCACUGUGCUCGCCGCCCACUGCCCAUACCUGAUUUCAAGCCACUUUCAGAGGAUGUACACGAAAACCUCUACACUAGAGCAGAUUCUGCACAACAACAUCAUUGUGAUCCAGGCCUUAACCACACUUUCUCUCAACAUGGAUCUGCAGCCCACAGACUUGUCAGAUCCCAACCCAGUGCAAAUGUUGAUGCUGUGUGUUCAUUUAUAUGAGAGGCUCCCACAGUACCGGCCCGUAAACACCAUUACCCUCUCUGGAAGCCUGAAUAGCACUUUCAGCAAAAAGGUGCAUUUGAAAAACCCGGCGACUCGCGUGGUCAAAUACCGGGCAUUUUUUCUAGGAGAGGAUGCCAGUUGGUUUUCCUUGCCUGACGGUUCUGCAGUGACCAUUCCCUCAAAGAAGAGCACUGAGCUGACAGUCCGGCACAACUGCUCCACCCUGCAACCUAAAGUAGCUGUCCUUCUGCUCAUCUCCGCUUCUGUUUCCAACUUGCAAGGCACCACUUUGGUCUUCAAUGUGAACACCCGCGUCGAACAAAUCAAAGCCGCAAAAAGUAUCAAGUGCAGAACGCCAUGUUACAUGCUUAAAGUGAUAAGACUGCCAAUAAAAAAUCCGUUCAAGAUGGAAGCCAACUUCCAAGUGAUGCUGGUGGAGAUGACAGUCAACCCGCUGGAAUCGGAAAAGGGAAUCGACAGGCUGAUUCAACAGGUGUCUUCCAAAACCAAGAAUGGGAACGUGACUUCAGAAAUGAGCUGCCAGGAUGAGACGGAAGGAAAGGAUGGUGAUGGCCGUGAGUUCCUCAGCACAGUGAGCAGUGUUAGUCUGAGACCAGGGCAGUCAGACGUAAUUGCCAUCCACUUCCUUCCUUUCCGUCCUGGAAUCAAAUACUGCGCUGUGUUGCUUGUUUGCCCGCAGGUGGGUGAUGUGGUUUACACACUGAAGGCAUCAGCAGACUUGCCUCCUCCUUCCCUUUUUAGAGUCAGGCCCAGUUCAAACAUCUUCACCAUCCCUGGUAACUCUGUGGGCUCAGAUGGUUGUGUGUCGGUGCUGCGCCUCCACUGCAUUGUGGGCCAGACGUGUGACGAGGUUGUCUGGCUGCCCUUAACCAAUACAGCCUGGGAAAACGGUCUGGCCACUUGGGCUCAGCACAGGAUGAGUGCCAUUGAAUAUCAGAGGCGGAUGUUGACGUCCACUUUGCACAGCAGCACCGUGAGGGCGAGCAUGGCUGCAUGUAUGCUUUCCAAAAAACAGGUCCAACUGAGAGGUGUUGACCACAGAAAAGGGGUAGAGUACAGUGUGGAGGUUUCUUUGCCUCAAUACUUCACUGUCCCCAGCUCUGUUACAAUUCCUAUAAAGAAAGAUGUCAACAUAUGGAAGAAUCCUGAAGAUCAUGAUUGUGUGCAACUCCCCUUGCGUUUCAAAGCAGACUCCGUUGGUCAGUUUAUGUGUAAGAUGGUUCUGAGUUCCUGCUUCGAUACCAGAGUCUACCAGAUGGAGGCGCUGGUUGCUUCUCCGGGAGGAAGUGUCCACUUGGACUUUAGUUCGCCCGCUCAGCAUUCAGUCACACAAGACAUACCUAUGCACAACGAGACGCUCCAAGACUGGACCCUUCAGGUUGACUUGUGUGCAAAAGACUUCCAUGGCCCCAAGGUUUUGACUGUACCAGCUGGGACAAAAACAUCUUACCCUCUGACAUUUCAUCCUUCUUCACAAUGCAUCGUCCUGGGCAAGCUGUCCUUCCAUAAUGAACAUAACGGGAUCCAGCAAGUGUUUACUCUACGUGGAGUGGGUGAGCGCCCCCUGCCUGUGGAUCAUGUGGUACUACACUGCCCCGUGGGAAAGACCACCGAGACACAACUGAGCAUCCCCAACUACAGUCAAACGAAACAGACACUUCAGGUAGUAACAGACAUUGCAAUUAUAAGUGGCAAUUCAUCCCUGGAGGUUAAACCUGGUCAAAGCAGUGUGUACAUCAUGGCUGUGUCCCCUCGGAAACGAGGACAGCUAUCAGGUUGUGUAUCAUUCAUUGAGACUGAUGACAAAGCUGAGACAGACGGUGACACGGGGAAUUUAGUUGGACGUUAUGAGGUGUUCUACACUCUGGAAAUAUUUUGUGAACCUGCAGCGCCUGUGAGCACCUUUACAGUGCAAUGCACUGUUCAAAGCUCAGUUGCCAUAGAGAUCCCAAUCACUAACCCUGGGGGAGAACUGCUCAUGCUGAGUGUAGACCUGGAAGGAGACGACUUGCAUGGAGCUAACUGGGCUUCGGUUCCACCGCAGGAGACCAUCGCCUACAAAGUCAUGUUUUCUCCUGGAAAAAUGGGGAAGAGCAGAGGCAGCGUGGUGUUUCAGCCCGAGCAAGGUGCAGAGUUUUGGUAUCAACUGGACUUGUUUAGCAUUCCUUCGCCAGUCGUCACUCUACCACAGGCUUGCUGUGAGCUGGGCAAAUGGACCCAACAGUACAUCCCCGUGGUCAACCCAACAGCAGACAAGGUGGAGCUGAUUGUAGACAACAGUAACCCCAGGAACUAUACUCUGGAAAUGUCCUCAGGAAAUACUUUUAUUGUGGAGCCCCACUCUUCCACUCAGCUGGAAGUCCGCUUCACUCCAUCAUCCAUAGGAGAGGGUGACCAUGUAGCCCAGAUAACUUUCACAUGCCCUCAGAUGCAGCAAUGGUGCGUGUUGUUGUUUGGCCGGGGUCUCACGCCAAGCCGGGAAGAACCUCUGAGCUUCUCUUGCCCAGUUGGUUCCAGCGAGUCCAUUACUGUUCCCUUCAAAAACCCCACUGAGCUCUCAGCUACACUCAGGAUCACACUCACAGAAAAGGAUCCCAGUGUGAUGUCUGACUGCCCUCAGGUGACUUCUGACAAGGGGGCAUUCUCUCUGUCUUUGGACCAUGCUGAAGAUUUACAGAUCAGCAACGGGGGCAGUCUGAAUGUGCCGGUGGUGUUUGCGCCCAAGUCUAUGGACCCACAACAGGCUUGGCUAUGCAUCACCAUGAAGCCACUUGACAUUAUUACUAGCAUUAAAAGGCCACUUCAGAAUCUGUCGACCAUCUGUUGGAUCUACCCUCUCUGCGGGUUUCCAGUCAAAGAGGCGGAGGACAGCUCAGCGCUCUGCGUGCUCCGGUGUGAAGUGGGCUGCCAGACGGAAAAGAAGCUUGAUGUGCUGCUCACUGGAUUUUCCCCAGUGCUUGUCGAAGGCUUCCGGUGUGAGGUGCGUUCAGAGGGUGAAGCACAGGACUGCCUGUCCGCCUCCAUCCUUGCAGGGCGGAGGGAUCCUAAGACUGGUGUGGUAACGCUCACCUUGAGUCUGAUCUACUUUCCGGUCAAGCAAAGCAGGUGCACAGCAGUCCUCACAGUGCAGCACACAUCUGGACAAAUUUGGGAGUUUCCCAUUGAUGUGAUUGGCACCAAGCCUCUGGUCGAUGACGUCAUCGUCACUGAAGCCACCGAGUUUGGUAAAACAUCAGCGGUGGGAUUCUACUUGACCAGCACCACCCGAAAGCCUGAGCCGUUCGCUGCAACAUUCCAGCCAGGCAGCAGCAGUGAGUUUGCUGUGACCCCGACAUCCGGAAUGUUGCCGCCCGCCGAUUCUAGCGGUGCCCUUAUCAACAUCUUUUUCACCCCCAACAUCAACAAUAAGAGACACAACGCCAGACUGACCAUCACGGCGUCAGGCAUGCAAUGGACGUAUAAUGUCACGGGCGUAAUCCCUCCCCCUGAUGCAACAUCCUCCGUUGAUGCUCCGGUGCGACCCAGCAGUGAACGUCAGCGCAACUUUGUAACAAGAAAUCUUCGUGUGCCGGCUCUGGCAAAUUCAGCUCCACUGAAAGUCCGCAGAUAACUCAUCUCCGCUUUCCUUUAUCCCGACACGAUUUGCCAUUGACUCAAUUUGAACCUUUUUUAACACCGCUGGAUGCCAGUACAGGGGGCUACGUGGUUAUAUUUGUGUUGCUAUGGUAACUGCUACACAACGCGUAUCAUUAUAUGUAUGCUAUGCGUCCACAAACUUGGAAGAAUGUGAAAAGGGACUGAUUGAGAUUUUCAACAAUUUUGCCUUAUUGUGUUGGAUAUUAAUAAGAUAUUUUACUUAAAGCACUUGCCUAUCAUAGAAUAGAAUAGAAAGUACUUUAUUGAUCCCUGGGGGAAAUUCAGUAUCACAGUUUGCUCACAAUAGACAAUAAAUACUAUACAGCAUUAUUCACAUGUGAAUAAUAUAAAUAUAUUAUAGAUAUAUUCUACAUUUAAGUACAGUCAAGAAGGAACAUACCGUAUUUCCUUGAAUUGCCGCCGGGGCGCUAAUUAAUUUAAAACCUCUUCUCACGCUGGCGCUUACUAAAGGCAUGCAGUAAAGGCAAUCAUGCGCUAAUUAAAACUCUUUCUUUAACUUUUAAUCAAAAGCGUUCAAUCUCUCUUCUGUGCUUAUUUGAAGCCGAAACGACAAACGGCCUCAGAGGAGAUAAUGUUUGAAAAAAAGCGUCAUUUUUUAGCCAACUUUUGUAUUGAAGUGGGAAUAGCAAACUUCCUGUUGAUUUUAGCCGGGGGGGUCUCAGUGGAUGAAAUAUAGGUCAAACUGAGACCUACGUAGUGUUUCUUGUUUCAUGUUUCUACGACAUUCCUAAUGGAAGUUACAAACAGUUUUGUCUGUGUUUUCCUUCUAGGGGGUGUUAGAGCGCAAUUUUGAGUUUUGGGGGUUUGGUUUUUUUGAUUAAAUCGCAAUUUUCGGUAGUCCUGAUGUGUGUGUCAAAUUUGGUGAGUUUUGAAGCAUGUUAAGGGGGUCAACUUACAGCUCGAAGAGGCGGCGGUAUAAUAAUAAUGAAAUCUUAGAAAUUCAAUCGGGUCCUCUGUCCCAAAGGGACAUCACAAUUUUGAGUUUUGGGGGUUUGGAUUUUUAAUUAGAUCGCAGUUUUCGCUAGUCCUGAUGUGUGUGUCAAAUUUGGUGAGUUUUGAAGCAUGUUAAGGGGGUCAACUUACAGCUCGAAGAGGCGGCGGUAUAAUAAUAAAGAAUAAUAAUAAUACAAUCUUAGAAAUUCAAUAGGGUCCCCUGUCCCAGAGGGACAUCGCAAUUUUGAGUUUUGGGGGUUUGGAUUUUUGAUUAGAUCGCAAUCUUUGCUAGUCCUGAUGUGUGUGUCAAAUUUGGUGAGUUUUGAAGCAUGUUAAGGGGGUCAACUUACAGCUCGAAGAGGCGGCGGUAUAAUAAUAAUGAAAUCUUAGAAAUUCAAUCGGGUCCUCUGUCCCAAAGGGACAUCGCAAUUUUGAGUUUUGGGGGUUUGGAUUUUUGAUUAGAUUGCAAUUUUCGCUAGUCCUGAUGUGUGUGUCAAAUUUGGUGAGUUUUAAGCAUGUUAAGGGGGUCAACUUACAGCUCGAAGAGGCGGCGGUAUAAUAAUAAUGAAAUCUUAGAAAUUCAAUCGGGUCCUCUGUCCCAAAGGGACAUCGCAAUUUUGAGUUUUGGGGGUUUGGAUUUUUGAUUAGAUUGCAAUUUUCGCUAGUCCUGAUGUGUGUGUCAAAUUUGGUGAGUUUUAAGCAUGUUAAGGGGGUCAACUUACAGCUCGAAGAGGCGGCGGUAUAAUAAUAAUGAAAUCUUAGAAUUCAAUAGGGUCCUCUGUCCCAGAGGGACAUCGCAAUUUUGAGUUUUGGGGGUUUGGAUUUUUGAUUAGAUCGCAAUUUUCGCUAGUCCUCAUGUGUGUGUCAAAUUUGGUGAGUUUUGAAGCAUGUUAAGGGGGUCAACUUACCGCUCGAAGAGGCGGCGGAAUAAUAAUAAAGAAUAAUAAUAAUGAAAUCUUAGAAAUUCAAUAGGGUCCUCUGUCCCAGAGGGACAUCGCAAUUUUGAGUUUUGGGGGUUUGGAUUUUUGAUUAGAUCGCAAUCUUCGCUAGUCCUGAUGUGUGUGUCAAAUUUGGUGAGUUUUGAAGCAUGUUAAGGGGGUCAACUUACAGCUCGAAGAGGCGGCGGUAUAAUAAUAAUGAAAUCUUAGAAAUUCAAUCGGGUCCUCUGUCCCAAAGGGACAUCACAAUUUUGAGUUUUGGGGGUUUGGAUUUUUAAUUAGAUCGCAGUUUUCGCUAGUCCUGAUGUGUGUGUCAAAUUUGGUGAGUUUUGAAGCAUGUUAAGGGGGUCAACUUACAGCUCGAAGAGGCGGCGGUAUAAUAAUAAAGAAUAAUAAUAAUACAAUCUUAGAAAUUCAAUAGGGUCCCCUGUCCCAGAGGGACAUCGCAAUUUUGAGUUUUGGGGGUUUGGAUUUUUGAUUAGAUCGCAAUCUUUGCUAGUCCUGAUGUGUGUGUCAAAUUUGGUGAGUUUUGAAGCAUGUUAAGGGGGUCAACUUACAGCUCGAAGAGGCGGCGGUAUAAUAAUAAUGAAAUCUUAGAAAUUCAAUCGGGUCCUCUGUCCCAAAGGGACAUCGCAAUUUUGAGUUUUGGGGGUUUGGAUUUUUGAUUAGAUUGCAAUUUUCGCUAGUCCUGAUGUGUGUGUCAAAUUUGGUGAGUUUUGAAGCAUGUUAAGGGGGUCAACUUACAGCUCGAAGAGGCGGCGGUAUAAUAAUAAUGAAAUCUUAGAAAUUCAAUCGGGUCCUCUGUCCCAAAGGGACAUCGCAAUUUUGAGUUUUGGGGGUUUGGAUUUUUUAUUAGAUCGCAAUUUUCGCUAGUCCUCAUGUGUGUGUGUCAAAUUUGGUGAGUUUUGAAGCAUGUUAAGGGGGUCAACUUACAGCUCAAAGAGGCGGCGGUAUAAUAAUAAAGAAUAAUAAUAAUGAAAUCUUAGAAAUUCAAUAGGGUCCUCUGUCCCACAGGGACAUCGCAAUUUUGAGUUUUGGGGGUUUGGUUUUUUGAUUAGAUCGCAAUUUUCGCUAGUCCUGAUGUGUGUGUCAAAUUUGGUGAGUUUUGAAGCAUGUUAAGGGGGUCAACUUACAGUUCAAAGAAUAACUAAAUUGGCCCUAGUGUGUGAAUGUUGUCUAUCUGUGUUGGCCCUGCGAUGAGGUGGCGACUUGUCCAGGGUGAGAAAGGCUCCAGCGACCCUGAAGGUAGAAAAUGGAUGGAUGGAUAUGUUGACUAUUUUUAGGUAACAGGAACAGAUUAUUUGGUUUUGCAUUUAUUCCAUUGGGUUGAUUGAGUAAGUCUUUGUCAGUCCUUUAAGAACAAAAAACCAAGAGCCACUUUUGUUGUCAAAAUAAACGGGUUGCACUUGGACAGGAAUUUACGGGGCUAGCGGCCUAAUAUAUUUGAUAAGAUCUUAUGUUUUAGGCAGUGAUGGUCAUUUCCGCUUCUUCAUCCAAGAUAAACCGUUAAGUCUGUCACCAACACAAGUGGAAUAGCAUCAUUAAGACUUCAGUGAGUGUUAUGAAGAGGGCAUUAUUUCAUUCUGCCGCCAUCACCCCCAUGGUGCUCUCUCAUCCUGGCUCAUUAUUAUACCGACGAGUAAACAAAAGCCUCCGCCAUCAAGUCUCUCCAGCCUUCCUUUUGUUUCUGGAUGAAUAAACAAACAGCACUCCAUUAAACCCUCUUUCUUCUCCCCCUGCUUUAUUUUUUGUCUUUAGUAUGCAAAGGAUGAGCAGAUUCUUUGGUGAGAAUUGAAUAAAGCCGUUUUGUAUGUUUACCCCCAAGAAGAAUGCGAGUGGAUGUAAGUUAGCGGCCACAGCAUUACUUCUACAGCAGGGUAUUGUAAAACUACAAUUGUAACACAAACUAUGAAGGAUAGGACAGACCAGACCUCCGCAAAUUACGGCCCGCGGCCCUAAAAGAUUUUUAACCCGGCCCACCGGAUGUUCUACAUAAUUUUUUGUUACACCUUUAACAUCAAAACUGUAGCCGCCAUUAAUUAUGGGCAGUGCUUUUUUGAAAUUACCGUAAGUCUUGAACUAUACAAAAGUAUUUCAAUGGUCGAAAUCUGCGCUUUUGAGUGUUAUGGGGCGGUUUAGCUCGGUUGGUAGAGUGGCUGUGCCAGGAACUUGAGGGUUGCAGGUUCGAUUCCCGCUUCAGCCAUCCUAGUCACUGCCGUUGUAGCCUUGGGCAAGACACUUUACCCACCUGCUCCCAGUGGCACCCACACUGGUUUAAAUGUAAAAAUUAGAUAUUGGGUUU